AUGGACUUCCUCUCGGGUGCCAAUGCGUUGGAUCCGCUAAAAGUCUUGCAAUACCGCGCCUUUAUGCGCGCUCGUACCAGGGCUCGGCAAACAAGAGCAGAUGCAGGGUCGCAAUUUUGGUUAAAUCCGAAGUUUACCGCCUGGGAGUCCGCAUCAUCACCGACUAUGAUCAUGGUGAAAGGCGAGUAUAGUACGCGAUUCCAAGUCCAGAGCUUCGCUGUUGACGUCAUCAACGAUCUUCGCAAUCGGACCGUGCCCACACUUUGGGCCCUGAAGUCGGUACCAGCGGAUGGCGCAACUUCCGCAUCAGCCAUAGAUGUCAUCAAAGGGUUGGUAUGUCAGGCUAUACAGCUCAGUAUCUCACAGCAUACAGAACGCUCACUUGCGCUGAGUUGUGCGCAGUUUCGCGCCGCGGAUUCUGUCGAGCAAUGGCUUGAUCUCCUAGCACGUACUAUCGCGAGCUUCCCGCAGCUCUACAUCAUUGUUGACUUGGAAACUGUGGGAAGUUCGUAUCUCAAUGGCUUUUCCUGGCUUUCUCAUUUGACUGCUAUGUUUCAACGACACAACUCCGGGAAGUGGAUAUCCCGGCUCAAGAUCUUGCUCGUCAGUUACGGAUCUAUGAUGCGACAACAAAACGAUCUACGCAACUUCCGCGAUAUUGUCGUCCCUGUAAAACCAUCUCACACGAGUGUACUGCUUCAAGGACGUUCGCGAGGAUCCAUUUCGCCAGGUCUCGGGCGAUCGCGGCCUGUGAGAGGAAGCAUGCGCACCCGUUAUGGCGGCAGUCGAGCGCGCCAUUCUACAUUUAUAGGGACCUGA